AGAUAAAACCAAAAAAUUGGACAUAUAUAUAUAGAUACAGACACACUCACAUAUGUCCACAGUUAAUCAUUCUGUUCCCAAAAGUUUCUUUAAAAAAUCAGAAACAAAAGAAAGAAUCUUGACCAGAAAUCUGAACAUCAGUUGAUGAAAAUGAACAAAAUCUGCAUAUCCAACUGUGUGAGCGAUGCAAGAAUUCCAGUGAGGGCCACUUACCUCAACCUCUACAAGUGGCCGGAAUCCGACGCCGAGUUCAUGAAAUCAGCCGCCAUGCACGGCGGAGCUGGGCCGCACAGUAGGGUGGUGGACAGUAUCUCAUGCAGGCAAAUGUAUCUGAGAAGCUACACAUUUUCAAGAAAGGAGACUGUUCCUGAGAGAACCAUGAAAUGUUUUGGGAAGGUGAGGAGCAGGGUGGCGGCGGAGAUCCCGAGGCGUCGCCGCAAGCGGCGUUGCCGUCUGGCCAGAAGGGUGAAAGAGUUUUCUCGCGCGGCGUUGUUUGCAAUUUUCCGGCGGUUGCUAUUCUGUACCUCUACAGUCGACGUUGCUGAUGCUGCUAGUUAGGGGUCUCUGUUUUUCCGUAUUAAUUUCGGUUUGUUUUUCUUUGAUUAAAUUCCAUUUUUCUUUAUUUCCUUCUUUUUUUUCUUAGGUUUCUGGAUGUAUUUUAUCUCAUUAUGCGAAGUUAGAAAUGAAAGUUUUCAAUUUUU